UGUAUACAUGCAAAAGCAUGGCGGAGUGUUUUGACUGUACUUACACCGGUGGUGACAAUAUAGGUGUCAAGCACACUUAAAGCAGUAAAGCCAACAGCUGGAUAUAUUAACAGAUAAAAAAACUGUCGGAAAUACUGUAAAUUGACAAUGGGGGCGGGUGCCUCAAAGGACGAAGUCGAAAUCCCCACCAGUGCCUCCACAACCAGAGACACGACCAACAGAGACAAUAAAAGCAAUGGAAGUGGUUCCGCGCACCCCUCAAAACCGUCCACCCCUGCGCCUCCCGCGUCUGCCAAGUCUGGGGUUAAGGGGACCUCGGGGAGGCCAGACUCGAAAGGAUGGCAGAAGGUGCAGACAUACACUCGUGCAAUGUCAGGGAUUACUGGGAAAAGAUUCAGGACUCAAGCCCUGGAACAUAACAAGGUUCACAUCACCAGGACAGGCUUCAGCCAGGCCAAUGUCACCAUAGAGGAAGGACAGGCAGUACUCUGGACCUGGAAUGAACCUGGAGGACCGGGAUUUAAUGUUACACAGGUUAUCCACAAUGGUGCAGAGUUUAUACCCGUGAAGGGGGGUUUCACCAGCGGAGAAGUCACAAAGAGGGGACCCUUUGAACAAGUGUUCAACUUGGAGGGGGAAUAUAAGUUUGUAAGUGCCGGCCUGAGGACCACUCCUCUGACCAUCACGGUCAAGCCGAGGUCAGACUACCAGGCCGAAGUGACCGAUGAGGGAUUUAUGCCAAAGAUAAUCAGGAUCAAUGAAGGCCGCACUGUAAAAUGGAACUGGAAGACAUGUAAUAUACCACACUCUGUUUGGGAAGUGAAAUACUGCGCCAAACACUGUGCUUUCUCCAAAGUGGAGAAAACUGGAAAAACAUUGGCGGUUCCUACUGGCUCUUAUAGGCAGGAAUUCAGGCAUCCAGGGUUGUAUUAUUUCCAGACCCAGGGAGCAUCUCUUGGGGAGCAUCACUUGUGUGUUGUACAUGUCAAACAAUCACAGAGAGAUCACAAAGUAGAAAUCCUGGACAGGACCUUCAGCCCCAUGAUCUUGAUGAUCGACGAGGGGGACAGGGUGUGGUUCCACUGGGACAAGUUUAAGUGCAAGAAACUGCAUGCUCCCUAUCAGAUAGAGGAGCCCAGUAUAGACCAAAGACCAGAUGAAGAUUACAAAGCUGCUAAGGACGGUUUCUUCUGGCUCAACCCCAGCAGGGCAGGGUUAAUGGCUUGUGAGUUCCCAGAGACGGGGAUUUUUUUCUUCUCUGACAGAAAUACAGAGAUGGCUGCCGAGUAUGUGGGCACCAUCAUAGUCAGACCUAAACAGAGGGAACACUUUGUAGAGGUCACGCCUGAUGGUUUUUACCCAGACCUGCUGAUCACAAGAACUGGUGACCGUAUAUGGUGGCACUGGCAGAUGGCAGACAUGGUGCACCCUUUCAGUAUCGUAGAGCUGGAGAAGUGUAUUACACCACCUAAUGAGCCUCAUCCUAAUGAUUUGGAUUGCCAAAACAAAUGCAAGAAACUAGAUGACUUGUUCACCAAGGUUUGCAGUUUUGUGCAGACAAAUACAAUACAGCUUAACUCCAUAGGUGUACAGCAUUACCGCAUCUCAGAUAGCGAGCAGACGUUUUCUGUUGUAACCAAUCCUGGACCAAGGAAUCACACAAUUCAAGUCUUAGACAACAAAUUUGACAAAAUGGUCCUGACGGUCCACCCGUUUGACCGGGUUUGGUGGGUGUGGCAGACGGGCAAAAAGCAACACAACAUCAUCCAAGUGACCCACACUGGUCAACCUCUUAAGGGGGGCUUCUGUAGUGGACAUGCCCGCGACUGUCCGUCUGCUUAUGUUUACCAGUUUAAGGAACCCGGCGUGUACUACUAUGUCAGUAGCAACAUUGCUGAUGUAUUUGGUGCUGUUAUUGUGUCUUCACAACCAAGGGUGCGACAAGUCCAAGUGAGCAACUCGGCCAUUAACCCAGACCCUAUGACCAUCUCUCCAUACGACAUUGUCUGCUGGGUCUUCAGCAAGGGAUUCAAGUCACAUGACAUCCACGAGGUUAAGAGUGCAGACGACGUCAUUGUCGCAAAAGGUCGGGAGGAUAAAAUGCAAUUGAUUCCAAGGCCAGCUAUGAACAAAGUCUUCGUCACAAUGGGAGUGCACCAUUUCUACAGCAAGUCAUUUGCAAAGAGAGCCAAAUCAGAAUCUGGCAAGAAGGAAGAGGACAGGCUGAGCAGUAUCCUGGUGGACGAAAGCAGUGAUAGUGCUAUUGUCAGACUGGACAAACGUGGCUUCCAUCCCAACUCUAUAGCAAUACCUCAAGGCCACAGUAUCUUGUGGACGUGGAAAGAUGCAGAGGAGGAAGAGGAACACAACAUCAUCCAUGUAAACCCUCCAGACAGUGAUAGCCCACUCAGUGUAAUACAUGGAACUAAGUCAUUCAACAGUGGGCGCCCUGUGAAAAAGAACAGUUUUCUGUACACAUUUGACAAUGCUGGGACAUUCUGUGUGGCUUCCCAGGGUGCACCAGGGUUUGCUGGGGUUAUCAGGGUGCUACAGUCUGAUGCUGACAGAUGCGAUCCACCCCACAUCACCUCAGGCGGAGAAGGUGGCCAUAUUGAAAAGUUCCACAAGCUGCAGCUGGCCAGUAAUUCAGCUAGUGCUAAAAUAUAUUACACCACUGAUGGGACUUCACCACUACCUCAUAACAAGGCAUCAAAGUUGUACAACCCAGAGAAGGGUGUAUCUAUGAAGGAUGCUGGUUUAAUGUUUCUCAGAGCUGUGGCAGUCAGUGAUGACAUGCUGCCCAGUGAAAUCUAUACCUCAAGGAGGUUCUGGGUGUUGUCACAAGAGGUCUCUGGAGGCGAGGAAUCAGACAGCGACACAGAACUCCCAGAUGUGAGGAAAUUUCAGCUGUGGAACACAUGUAACCCGUCCAUCAAGGGCUGCUUCACAGGCCCAGGGACCAUGGAGGUAUUCUGGGAGAAACCAGAGGAAGAGGCCGUGGAGCUCAUCAGGGGGUAUCAGAUCUUAUUCAAUGGGGUCUCAUACUGUGAGGUGUUUCCCCCUGUCCACAGUAGUGUCAGUGUGGCCGGUCUGGCAGGAGGAAGAAGCUAUGAAAUCACACUGGAAGUUUACCCCAAGGAUCCCAUGUUUCUACCACACAGAUCAGAGCCUCUGAUCAUGAACUGCCCAGUGACCACAGAGAUGGGUGGUCCAGUGAUCUCCUUGGAGAUGACUACUAACAGGGACUCUAUGGCAAUAGUGUGGCGGUCAAUCUCUACUGCCCAUCAGCACAUCUCUGGCUACAUGGUGUACCUCAAUGGGCAGCAGUGUGGUAGCAAGGUUGUCCCCAGCAAAGACAGCAACAGGUGCAAAGUUGUCAUUGAUGGCUGUCGUCUGGAUGUCAUAUACAAAGUGGUGGUGGCUGCCCUACCUUCAGAUGGCAGCAAAUUAAAGCCCAAGAUGUCCAAUCAGCUGGAGGUGUCUCUGCCACUGGAUAACGCCAGCGUGGUCUUGCCAGAGCCUCAGUUUAGAUCUGAAGAUGAGGAUAUAUACAAGGAAUACAUUGAAGUCCGUGAAGGAUCUGGUUACUUGGCCCGAGGAGAAGACGAGAAAAAGCACCAAAAAGGCAAUGCUUCUGCACAUCGUUCACGGCCCGUUUCUCCAACUGUGGCCUCUUAUAACACACCUGCACAUUUCACUGCUGUGGAUAUCAUAUAUCCCGAUAUGCCAGCCAAUAGGGAUAGUGGGAUUGCAUCACCUGAUUGCAGUUCAGCCAAUCAUGACUCACCACUGCUUAAAUCAGCUGACCUUGAAUUGACCAAUAAUCUUGCAGGGAAACUUGAGGAAGGAGAAACAGAUGAAUUGCAAGGAGCACAUGAAAUUGAAGAAGAGGAAGAGGAAUAUGACCAAACUGCGAUUUUAGAGCCAAGAGAAAGAGGUCUGACACCAAUCACAGAGAAAUCGACGCCUGAGCCUACCAUAGUUGAAGUUGAGGCCGAGAUAGAAACAGAUCGCAGUGAAGUAAUUCACGGAGGAAGCGUUGUGCAGGAGCCGCAGGAAGCACUAGGCGCAGUCACACAUGUAGGUGAAACUUCUCAUGUGGGACAAGUUCCUACGUCAAAUGCUGUAUCACGUGACAAGCAUGUUAAGCGUAAUGCAUUAGCAUCACUCCUACUUAAUGCAGUUCAGACGCAUAAAAUACAGGCUUCAUCUGGGGUUGAAAAUCAAAGUCAGGUAUCCCAGAAUGCAUUGCAGCAGGAUGUGACCUAUGACCCAGAGCACAGUGGGUAUGCCAGUCAAUCAGGUUACAUGCCCUCUGAUAAUGAUGAAGCCUUUCAGCAAGAUCAGCAGCAUGUUAGUGUAAGCGUUGCUGGAGAAAACCCAGUUUCUGAUGAUUAUAGUAAAACUAAUUCUGAAACGCACAAGAAAAUGUUAGCUACUAGUGAAUUGUUGUCUCACUAUCCACAUUUGCCAAAUUUGAAACAAAAUGGCCAUGGUGGCGAUGUGGAGGAAGAGGAUGAGUNUUGUCUGACACCAAUCACAGAGAAAUCGACGCCUGAGCCUACCAUAGUUGAAGUUGAGGCCGAGAUAGAAACAGAUCGCAGUGAAGUAAUUCACGGAGGAAGCGUUGUGCAGGAGCCGCAGGAAGCACUAGGCGCAGUCACACAUGUAGGUGAAACUUCUCAUGUGGGACAAGUUCCUACGUCAAAUGCUGUAUCACGUGACAAGCAUGUUAAGCGUAAUGCAUUAGCAUCACUCCUACUUAAUGCAGUUCAGUCGCAUAAAAUACAGGCUUCAUCUGGGGUUGAAAAUCAAAGUCAGGUAUCCCAGAAUGCAUUGCAGCAGGAUGUGACCUAUGACCCAGAGCACAGUGGGUAUGCCAGUCAAUCAGGUUACAUGCCCUCUGAUAAUGAUGAAGCCUUUCAGCAAGAUCAGCAGCAUGUUAGCGUAAGCGUUGCUGGAGAAAACCCAGUUUCUGAUGAUUAUAGUAAAACUAAUUCUGAAACGCACAAGAAAAUGUUAGCUACUAGUGAAUUGUUGUCUCACUAUCCACAUUUGCCAAAUUUGAAACAAAAUGGCCAUGGUGGCGAUGUGGAGGAAGAGGAAGAGUUUUUUGAAAUUGAUGCAACCCAAGGACCAUGGCAAAAUAAAAUGAAAAUUACAGCAAGGGCCAUGAUGACGGGGGUGCUCAGAGACGCCCCAGGGCUUAUGACGCCCAUGCAGUCAAAGCGCAAGCUGCCUGUGCCAACGCAGGAUGCCACGCAUGUCGAGGUGCCGAUACGGGACGAUGCUCAGCCAGGAAAAUCAAAGAAAAAAUCCAUCAAACCAAAGCCACCAGUAGCUCCAAAAUCAACAAGUCAGCGUCAACAGAUGAUACAGCAAAUGCUGCCCCAAACUCCUCAGCAGGAGUCGGCCAUUGUUGAGGUACAUGACACAGCAGAAAUGGAGGUGGAACAGGAGGAGGAAGAGGAAGAAGAUGAGGAGAGGGAAAAACCCACUGUGACUGCUGCUGCAUCAGCAGCUGCUGUGCUGGGAACAGCAUCAGUCAUUGCAAAUCAGGAGGAGUACGACUACGUCCUCCCCCCUCCCAAAGUGAAGAUCGAGCAUCAGCCGGCCAGUCGAGGUGAGCUGGUCAGUUGGGAGCUCGAGCAGGAGCCUGACCCUCAGUAUAGGAUCCAAGUGUUUGUGGUCAAUGUCCUGGGGGUCAAGUUUGCCAAGGGGGUCAACAGUGACAUCAGUUACGAGAUCCUUGAGAAGGAUGAGAAUGGCAUGGAUGUUCAGAUAGUUCAGCAUAGCUGGAAUGUCACCACUGGUACCAGCUGUUUAAUACGGGGACUGCUCAGUAAUAUGUCUUACAGGGUUUUUGUGGUAGCUAACUACAUAUUUGAUGAUGGGAAGGACACAAUAGAGUACCAGUCUAAGUCUGCGGUGAUCAGCUACUCCACUCUCAGCGCCCCGCAGCAAGCCAGGCUCAAACCUGUCAGUGUGGACUUCUAUUCGGCCACACUGGAGUGGACCCCAGGGGUGUGUCAUGAUGGAGUACAGAUUGCUGGCUAUCAGGUGGUGGUGGACGGGAAGAAACUGGGCUCUCUCCUCAGCAAGGACACCAAGAGGACUACACUGGAUAAACUGCAGCCAGGUAAAACCUUGAAAGUAUGGAUAGUAACCAGAACAAAGCACCCAGCAGGCAACAGUCCUCCUUCCAACACUGUGUAUGUGUCUUGUCCAAUGAGACCUCAGCCACCUGCUGUAUACCAUCAGCCAUCUUUUAAGAGAGGCUGCGUGGUGAUUGGCUGGACCAGACCCCCCAUGGAGCACUGUAGGACUAAAGAAGAGGAUAUUUCGUGGUAUAGCAUUUUUGUUGAUGACCAAUACCAUGGAGAGGUGAAGGCCAACCCCGCAUCAAAUAAAAAUGGCUACCAGUAUUAUCUCACUGAUCUGCGCCCUGGGCAGAUAUAUGAUGUUUAUGUCAGGGCCUAUGCUGGUGUUAAGAAAGUGCAGACAUUCCUAGAGAGUAUGUACGCACUGGUGGAGAGUGAGCCGUCCAACAUUAUCCCCGUGAUGUGUGCCGCGCCCCCUAAAGCUCCUCAGCUCAAGAUCGAAGGGUUGCACUUCGAGGGAGUUGAUGUCACCUGGGACAAACCACAACAGUAUGGGGACGCCAUUGUGUCUGGCUAUCAACUGUUCAAAGAUGGUAAACUGUAUGGCUCAGUGAUACCCCCAGAUGUGCACACUCUUAGGGUCAGGGAUGUCUCUCUGGGGGACAAGGUCACCCUGCAGCUCAGGGCUCUCACUGAGCACCCCGUGGGCCGCAUGGAGAAGAAGAGCCCAGAUCUUGGGAUCUCCAUGCCACUUAAUGAUGGAGACUCAGGGAUUGAUGGCUCUAGUCAUAUUGAUGAGAAAGAACAUGGCAGCUAUGGAGAGAAAUACACAUCAUGUAAACUUGGUCCAAAGCUGGUUGUCCACUACACUGGACUUGUCCAAGCACCCACUAAGGUCUGGUGUGAACACGUUACUGGACACUCCGCCAUGAUUGUCUGGAAUAAAGCUGAGCAGCCUAAGGCUCACUUUGUCUCCCCAGACAUGUAUCAAGUGACAUGGUGGCCUGGGAUAAAACCAGAGGAAAAUAUUGUCAGCCAGUCUACAAAAGGUAAUUAA